UAUGAAUCACAUGUUCUGUGAUCGCGCGCGGUCAAUCAAUUUGUAUAUAAAUUUAUUUUAUCAUGAUAUUGAAACUUUGUAGUCGUUCUGUUGUUUUGAAAACAUUGAUACUUUCAAGUUCAAAAAGGCUUUAUCAUGGAUCAAGAAUCGACCAAAAAGUAAUCGAUUAUUUAUCCAAAUUUCCAGAUACAUAUGAACAAAAAGAAUGUGAAAAAUUUUGGUCAUCCAUAUGGGAACAGCGUGAAUUAUUUGUCAUUAAGGAUACGGAGCCAAAAUUUCGUCUUUUAUUACCACCACCAAACAUCACUGGUUCAUUGCAUUUAGGUCAUUCAUUGACUGUUGCAAUUCAGGAUGCUUUAUGUCGAUAUCAUCGAAUGAAUGAUAAAAUUGUCAAGUGGUAUGGUGGUACCGAUCAUGCAGGAAUUGCCACUCAGAUUAUCAUCGAAAAAAUCCUAUGGGCCAAAUAUGCUAAAACUAAGCAGGAUAUCUCUCGAGAAGAAUUCGGUGCUAUCAUUGAGAAGUGGAAAAAAGAACGAAUUGAUGAGAUUGAAAGGCAGCUUAAAUCGCUAGGUGUUUCGAUUGAUUUUCAAUCCAAUUAUUUUACGUUAUCACCAGAAAUGUCUAGAAAUGUAAAUGAAGCUUUUAUUGAAUUAUUUAAUCGUGGAAUGAUAUAUCGAGCAUCUUAUAUGGUCAAUUGGUCAUACUAUCUGCAAUCAACAUUGUCGGAUAUCGAAAUUGAACAUAAAUUCAUAUCUGGUCCAACAGAAUAUAAAGUACCUGGCUGUAAUGAAUCUUUUCAGCUCGGUGUUAUACAUUAUUUCAAAUAUCCACUAGAAAAUAUUGAUUCAAACGAUUUUGUUACGAUAGCAACUACAAGACUUGAAUCAAUUAUGGGCGAUGUAGCCCUUGCUGUUCAUCCCGAUGAUACACGUUAUUCACAUCUUAUAGGAAAAUUUGCAUUUAAUCCAUUUACCAAUGAAAAAAUGCCAAUUAUAGCUGAAGAAAGUGUAAAACCUGAUUUUGGCACCGGUGUACUUAAAUUAACUCCGGCACAUAGUUUUGUUGAUCAUGAAAUUGCCCUUCGACAUAAUCUACCAUCAAAAACCAUUUUCAAUGAUCAAGGUUUUAUUGACUGUGAAUAUAAACCAUUGAACAAUGUACAUCGAUACUCAGCUAAAGAGUUAGUCAAACAAGAACUUGAAAAACGUAAUCUCUAUUGUGGCUUGAAAGAACAUGGACAUUGGCUGCCGAUUUGUUCUCGAAGUGGUGACAUAAUUGAAUCGCGCAUUGUGCCACAAUGGUUUCUGAAAACAGAUGAGGCUCGAUAUGCUGCCGAAUUUGUAGCUAAUCGUGACAAUCUUUCUGAAUCAUCCAAAGAAGUUUGGAAACAAAUAAGUAAAAAUUUAGAUGAACAUAGUCGAAACAUGGCCAUCAUUCCAUCAGGAUAUCGAAACACAUGGAAAGAUUGGUUUAGCCGCUAUAAAGAUUGGUGCAUUUCUCGUCAGAUUUAUUGGGGACAUCAAAUACCUGCAUAUGAAGUUAUACUUGAUUCGAAGCCAACAAAUAUUUGGAUAGCUGCAAUGAGCGAAGAACAAGCUUUGAAUGUUGCUUGUGAGAAACAUGGUUUCAAAAAAGAAGAAAUCGAAAUACGUCGUGAUCAAGAUGUCCUAGACACUUGGUUCUCAUCGGCAUUAUUGCCACUUGCCGUAACCGGGUGGUUUCAAUCGAAUUCUUUUCAAGACCUUCCACUUUCAUUAAUGGAAACUGGUCAUGAUAUUAUUUUCUUCUGGGUAGCAAGAAUGACUUUAAUUUCAUUAAUGUUAUCUGGACGCAUACCAUUCGAUAAAGUUUUAUUGCAUGGAAUGAUAUGUGAUGAAAAAGGCAAAAAAAUGUCCAAAUCAAGGGCCAAUGUUGUUGAUCCUCUUCAUCUAAUCGAAGGAGCUUCAUUUGAUCAGAUUUUACAACAAAAUAAAGAUUAUCUCGAUUCUGGUUUAAUAACACGCGAAAAGUUUACACAAGUUAUGAAUAGAUUGAUUAAAACUUUACCGAAGGGUAUUCCCAUAUGUGGUGCAGACAUAUUACGAUUAUCUCUGCUUCAAUCAAGAUUUAAGGAACAAAAUGUUAAAUUUGAUCUAAAAAAUGCAAUCAAAAAGCGUGUGUUUGCCAAUAAAAUGCAUCAAACAAUCCGUUUUAUUUUGAUCAAUUUAACGAAUGAAUUCAAAGAAACACCAACGUUUUUGGUCAAUGAUACACUUUCGAAAGUGGAUAAAUGGAUUCUAUGUAAAUUAGCAGAUUUGGUAAAUCACUGUAGAUUCACAUUUGAUUCUUACGAUCUUCAUCAUUCGGCCAAACAAAUCGAACAAUUCUGGAUUGAUAAUUUAUGUGAUGUAUAUUUGGAAAGUAUCAAAAAAGACAUUGUCGGCAAAACGGAAUCUUAUGAAAAAUCCAUGAAUGUUAUGCUAUACGUAAUUCGACAAGCGCUCAAAUUGAUUCAUCCAUUCAUGCCAUUCAUAACGGAAAAUUUAUAUCAACAAUUGGAAUAUCGCCUCACUUCAGAUUAUUCAUAUCGCAGCAUCUUGGAAUCGGAAUAUCCAAAAAUACAAGACGAUCCAGUUCUUGUUCAUUUUGAUCGUUCCAUCGACAAAGAUAUGGAAAAAGUCAUUGAAAUUACGAAAAAAAUUCGUUGGUUCAAACAAAAUUUCCAUAUUCCAAAAGAUAGUGCAAUAGAAAAGAUACGUAUUGCUUCAUUAUAUGAAAAUUUAUCCGAUUUUCAAUCAUUGAUCGAAUCUUUUAUCAGAAUCGAUAUCUGCCCAAUUGAAUUCGUAAAUCUUUAUGAUAUUUAUAAAUAUGAUGAUGAUGAUUGUUAUUGUGUUAAAGUCGAUAUCGAUAGCAAAAUUCGAUCCAUAAGAAGUGAUGAUAGUUCAUCCACUACCGAUUCAGACGAAGAAAAAGAAAAUUUAACUGCAAACAAUUCGCUCAAAUGGAAUGAAAUCUACAUCUUAUUUUCGAUCAAUCGUGAACAAUUGAAAUUAAAAUUAACAGAAAAAUUCAAAAAUAGUCAAACAAACAAAUGUGACCAAUUGAUGGCCGAUAUGAAUUUAUUUCAUUUUGAAAAUUUUACAAAAAAUUAUAAAAAAUCGACAAAAAUUAUUAGCUAA